GUCACAUCACAUCUGAGAAUGGCUUUGCUCCGCGUGUUUGUUUGUCUUCUGGGACUGGUUGUCUUGUGCCACUCUGACUGCACAUUCCAAGAACUAGUCAUCAAAGAUUUGAACAACCCUCCAACAGGUUGUGAAGAUCAGGAUGGAAAGGAGCAUGAAUUUGACUCUGAGUGGGUCAAAGACUGCAUGUCAUGCUCCUGCUCACAGGAAGGAGUGAACUGCUGUAACAUGGUCAGUGGUGCGGGUGAGUUCGACGUCCCAGAGGAGUGUGAGCUGAUUGCGGAUAAGCAGACCUGUUCUGUCAAGAUCGUACUGAAGUCAGACAAGACAAAAGAGUGUUUCCCCGUCUAAACACACAACAUACAACAUGAUCUACACCCUGGAAAUAGCUCUUGUUUUACAUUUGAUCAGCUACAGUGGUUUAUGGAGCAGACAUACAAUAAAUCAGCAAGAAACAAAGACAAAUCAACUCUUGCUCUUGUUUUAAAUAAAGUUAAUAACCUACUCCAAAUCUA